AUGAAAACGGAAGAGCAUCACUUUGCGGAGGCUUGUGCAGAGCAGUUCCAGACUGUUGCUCGCAAUUGGAGCAUUGAGGAGAAGGUGACAACAGUAGGCACGGACAGUGCGCGCUAUAUGAUCGCCACGGCUCGCAUCAUGCCAUUCAAUCACAUGCCGUGUACCGCGCACAUUCUACAGAGAUGCAUCACAGUGAGCCUCACAGACAGCUUUGUCACUGCACUGGCCAAAUGCCGCAAAAUUGUUGGCCAUUUCAAGCACAGUCCAGCAAACACAGCAGAGCUGAACGCAGAGCAGGUGUCACUGGGGCGCAAGCAGGAGCCGCUGGCCCAGGACGUGCCUACGCGCUGGAACUCCACGCUGGAGAUGGUGAAGCGCUUGAUCCGCAACCAAACUGCAGUAACCGCGACUCUGGAUAAACAGAAGCAUAAACUUGUCCUCCUGACGCCUCCAGAGUGGGACAAACUCCAGAGACUGGAGACACUUCUAGAGCCCUGCAGAUAUGUGACUGAACUGCUAGGAGGAGAGGCCUACGUCUCCUGCUCUGUAGUUCUACCUGCCUUCUGCCACCUGCGGCGUGUCAUGGAAGUAACUGAUGAGGACCCUGCAUAUGUGGUGAGGUUUAAAGAGAAGUUUAAGGAAGACCUCGCUUCCCGCCAGGCACAUACCAACUAUGCAUGGCUCCAGAUUGCAACUGCACUGGACCCACGUUUUAAAGACCUGCGCAGUGUGCCCAAGACUGACAGAGAAGCAGUGUGGACCACACUGGCAGGCAUGCUACAUGAAGACUCUCCUAGAGGAUCACACACUGCAGAAGAAGGUCCAGCCAAGAAGAGGCUGAGCCUGCUGCAGAUGGACUCUAACUCUGAGUCAGAGGAGGAGGUACAGCAGGACAGAGCCAUACAGCGCUACAGAGCAGAGCCCUGCACUGCCUUAGAGGACUGUCCCUUACAGUGGUGGGCAGCUCAUGCAGGAGCCCACAGCCAGCUGGCCCGCCUUGCUCGCAGAUACCUGGCCACUCCUGCCUCCACAGUGCCCUGUGAGAGGCUGUUCUCUGUAGCAGGGCACAUUGUGAACAAGAAGAGGUCUGCUCUGCACUCAGAGAACGUGGACAAGUUGGUUUGUCUCAGCAACUGGCUGAAGGAUGAGUAG